UGGAAAACAAGCACAUCGACACCAUUAGUAAACUUGGAUACGCGUUGGCUGUCCAUGCUGUCGAAAUGAUGAACGCCACCAUGCUGCUGAGACACGACCCUUCGUGGGGGUACCUGGUGAACGGCUCGUGGGACGGCAUCGUCGGCUACCUGGAGAGGGACGAGGCCGACAUGGGCAGCACCGCGGUGCUCUACACGGAGGAGCGAGCCAAGGUGGUGCACUACCUCAUCAUGACGACGCCGACCAAGCUGGGGUUCGUGUUCCGGCAGCCGCCGCUGUCGUCGGUGCGCAACGUGUUCGUGAUGCCGUUCACGAGGGGUGUGUGGCUGGGCGGCGCGGCGCUGCUGGUGCUGUGCGGCGCGCUGCUGCUGGCCGCGCUGCGCUGGGAGCGGCGCCGGCGGCCCGGCGAGCAGGUCGCCUGGAGCGACGUGGUGCUGCUGUCUCUGGGGGCGCUCUGCCAGCAAGGCUCACCGCUGGAGUCUCGCGGCACGCCGGGCAGGAUCGUCAGCCUGCAGAUGUUCAUAUUCGUGAUAUUCGUGUACACGUCGUACUCGGCGUGCAUCGUGGCUCUGCUGCAGUCGUCCACCAACACCAUCAAUACCCUGAGGGACCUGCUGGACAGCCGCCUGAAGCUGGCCGUGCACGACAUCGUCUACAACAGAUACUUCUUCGAGAGAGCCGAGGAGCCAGUGCGGAAGGCCAUCUACCAGAGGAAGAUCGCGCCGCCGGGGGUACCCCCUCGCUUCAUCGGGCUGGCGGACGGCGUGGAGCGCAUGCGCAAGGGCAUGUUCGCCUUCCACUUCGAGGUCGGCACGGGCUACAAGCUGGUGCUCGACUCCUUCGACGAGGACGAGAAGUGCGGUCUCACGCGCAUCCCAUACAUCCAGGUGGUGGACGCCUACCAGGUCAUCCAGAAGAACUCUGUCUACAAGGAGAUCAUGGCCGUGGCGUACAACAAGCUGCUGGAGCGAGGCUUCCAGAAACGCAACUGGAACCGCUACUACACGAGCAAGCCCGAGUGCAACUCGCGCGGCUCCAGCUUCAUGAGCGUCGGCCUCAUCGACUGCUACCCGGUGCUGGUGGUGCUGCUGGCGGGGCUGGUCGCCGCCGUCGCCGUGCUGCUGCUGGAGGUGCUGGCGCACAGGAGAGAGAUGUCGUCGCACGGCAUCCCGACAACCACGCACAACGGAUGCGAGAACUUCCCAUCCCUCACGACCAUACCAAGCCAAGCAUGCACUCUGAAUGUACUGGACGCAGAGUGUGGCUGCGCCUUCUCCGUUUUGAAGCAGGCCCACGACCAGGGGCGGUCCAAGCACCGCACACGCUGGCUGCUGACGGACGCGCCGCGCGAGGCGCUGGACCUGCUGGACUCGCUGGACGCGGCGCUGGACAGCGAGCUGACGGUGGCCUCGGUGCGGCGCGGCGAGGAGGAGGGGGUCUCGCUGCUCGAGGUGUACCGCACCGCGGCGGGCAGCAGCGCCACGCGGGCCCCGGUCGGCGAGUGGAGCGCCGAGCGCGGGCUGGCGGCCCCAGCGCCGCGGGCCACCGCCGCCAGGCGCGCCAACCUGCACCGCGCCGUCAUCGGCGCCGCGACCGCGAAUAAAGCUGAUCAUCAAGACGACGUGAAGCUACAAGAUGGACUGGUCGUGAGACACCUGAAGCUGAUCAUGAAACCCAUGUGGGGUUACAAGGUGAAUGGGUCGUGCGACGGUAUGAUGAAUGAGGCUUGUCCUUGUAGUUUCAGCCUGAAGUUGAUCACCAAGCGCACGUGGGGCUACAAGGUGAACUGGUCAUGGGAUGACAUGGUGAGCGAGGUUUUGUUGUUAGUGAAGCUGAUCAUCAAUCACAUGUGGGGCUACAAGGUGAACAGCCUGAAGCUGAUCAUAAAACUCAUGUGGGGCUACAAGGGGAAUGAGUCGUGCCAGAAGCUGAUCAUAAAACUCAUGUGGGGCUACAAGGGGAAUGGGUCGUGCCUGAAGCUGAUCAUAAAACUCAUGUGGGGCUACAAGGGGAAUGGGUCGUGCCUGAAGCUGAUCAUAAAACUCAUGUGGGGCUACAAGGGGAAUGGGUCGUGCCUUAAGCUGAUCAUCAAGCCCACGUGGGGCUACAAGGUGAACGGGUCGUGGGAUGGCGUGGUGAGCGAGGUGGUCGCCGGGAACGUGGAGAUAGCUGCCGCCGGGAUGCUGCUUUACCGAGAGAGGCAGGAGGUUAUGGACUACGCCGUCAUGACCACGCCUACCAAGCUGGGGUUUGUGUUCCGCCAGCCCCCGCUGUCCUCAGUGAGAAACGUGUUCACGAUGCCAUUCAGCCGCGCAGUUUGGGGGUGCGCCGCGGGCGUGGUGGCGCUGUGCGCGCUCAUGCUGUAUGCCGCCCUCACGUGGGAGCGCCGGUGGCGCCUCGAGGAGGAGCCCGCUGUCUCCUGGAGCGACGUGGUGCUGCUGUCUCUGGGCGCUGUCUGCCAACAAGGCUCGCCGCUGGAGUCGCGCGGCACGCCGGGCAGGAUCGUCAGCCUGCUGCUGUUCGUGGCCGUCAUCUUCCUGUACACGUCGUACUCGGCCUACAUCGUGGCGCUGCUGCAGUCCACCACCAACUCCAUACGGACCCUCGGGGACCUGCUGCACAGCCGGCUCGACCUGGCCGUCGAGAACAUCGUCUACAACAGGUACUACUUCGAGGCCGAGAAGGAGCCGGUGCGUCGGGAGCUGUACCGCCGCAAGAUCGCGCCGCCGGGCCAGCCGCCCAGGUUCAUCGACCUGGAGGAGGGCAUCCGGCGCAUGCGCCGGGGGUUCUUCGCCUUCCACUUCGAGACGGGCAAGGGCUUCAAGCUGGUGCAGGAGACCUUCACGGAGGAGGAGAAGUGCGGCCUCAGCGUCAUCUCCUACAUCCAGGUGGUGGACGCCUACAUGGCGCUGCAGCGGGGCACGCCCUACCGGGAGGUCAUCGUGCUGGCGUACCGCAAGCUGAUGGAGCGCGGGUUCCAGAAGCGCGCGUGGAGGCGCUACUACACCGACAAGCCCGAGUGCACCGUGCGCGGCUCCAGCUUCGUGCACGUGGGCCUGCUGGACUGCUACCCGGCCGCGCUGGUGCUGCUGCUGGGGGCGCUGUGCUCGCUGGGCGCGCUGCUGCUGGAGGUGGCCGCGUCCCGGCGCGCCGGCCGCCAUCUCGCGCCCCCGCCGAACACCGCACCCGCCGACGACUAA